AGCCAUGACAUCAUUCCUCACAUGAUAAAUCCUUACUUUUACUUCUUGGAAGUAUUCUUCUUGGAAAUAUCCUGAAAAUUGUACGCAUACAAUAUUUCAUUAAAAGUAGUCUUUUGCUAAAUCUGGUGGCACCGAAGGCUCGUUGUAAUUCCACUAAUUUGGGUUGUACUUCCGACAAGGAGGUUUAAGUAACACAAGAUUCAUCCAAAUUUUCUACACUAUUAUUCCUAUAUAAAUAAGAAUCAGAGGAAUAUCAAAUACAACUCAAAACACUACUACUCAUACUCUCAUACUGAGUAACUGUAUAUCCAUAUCCAUGAUGAAGAAAGCACAAGUUGUGUUUAUCCCUUCUUCUGGUCUGAGUCAUCUAGUUUCCACCCUUGAGUUCGCCAAGCUUUUAAUCAACCGAGAUAACCGUCUCCGAAUAACCGUUUUACUUAUGAAAUCCCCAAACACCUCUGAAGCUGAUGUCUACAUAAUUGAUUCCCUUUCCAUCUCCGAUUCUCUUCACAUCAUCAAACUUCCAGAAACUUCUCUUCCUCCAAACAUGGAUCGAGCUUCCGCCAUGACAGCUUUUCUCGAAGCUCAAAAACCAUACCUUAAACAAGCUGUCUCUAACCUUAUUACUGAAGAAGAACAACACGGACCCCUAGCCGCUGUCGUUGUUGACAUGUUCUGCACCACCAUGAUUGAUGUUGCUAAAGAAUUUUCCGUCCCUGCCCUCAUCUUCUUCACUUCCGGCGUUGCUUCCCUUGGUCUAAUGCUUCAUCUUCACACUCUGUUAGAAAAAGACAAUUUUGAUGCGGCACAGUUACAGCAGAAGAACGAGUUAGCAGUUCCGAGUUUUGCCAACUUGGUUCCUGUAAACUCGUUGCCUAGUUUUAUUCUUCACAAAGAAUGGGAGUCGUUUUUUAAGAGCUAUGUAGGAGGCCUCAAGAAACCAGAUGGUAUUAUAGUAAAUUCAUUUGAAGAGCUUGAAUCACAUGCGGUUCAAUCCUUUUUCUCUCAUACUGAUCUAGCAGCUUUACCUAUAUAUCCGGUUGGGCCCUUAUUAAAUCCUGAGCCCAAAACAAAGAGCAGUGUUGAUUCAGAUGAUAUCAUUAAAUGGCUUGAUGAUCAACCUCCUUCUUCGGUAGUUUUCCUCUGCUUCGGGACUAGGGGUUCUUUUUAUGAAAACCAAAUCCAGGAGAUAGCACAUGCUAUUGAGAAUAGUGGAGUACGUUUCAUUUGGUCUCUACGUAAACCUUCACUAAAAGGCACUAUGCCCGCGCCUUCUGAUUAUCCACUUUCAGAUUUGGUUACGCUCUUACCAGAAGGAUUCUUAGAUCGCACGACUGAAAUUGGAAAGGUCGUUGGUUGGACCUCACAGGCUCAAAUACUUGCUCACCAUGCCAUUGGAGGAUUUGUUUCGCAUUGUGGCUGGAAUUCCAUACUAGAGAGCAUGUAUUUUGGUGUGCCUAUUGCGGCGUGGCCUCUUUUUGCAGAACAACAGACAAAUGCUUUUGAAUUGGUGUGUGAGCUGAAGUUGGGUGUGGCGAUUGCAUUGGACUAUCGGGUGGCAUUUAAUGGUGAGCAUAACUAUGUUGUAACUGCAGAAAAGAUUGAGAGAGGAAUAAAGAGUGUGUUGGAUAAAGAUGGAGCAGUAAGAAAAAAUGUGAAAGAGAUGAGCGAAAAGAGUAAGAAGACUUUGUUAAAGGACGGAUCUUCCUACAUUUAUUUAGGUAAUUUAAUUGAUUAUAUUAUAAAUCAAGUGUGAAAUUAAAUUGUCUUAGUACCCAUAUCCAAAAAUUCAAGAGUUAUUGGAUUACUUAUCAAUAGUAAUAAUUGUAAUAAGGAUUGAUCACUUUCUCUAAUAUACUUUGGUUAGCAGACUUACAAAA